AUGCGAGCAUCGGUGUCCCCGAACUACUGGUCACCGCGCAAACGGCGGGACUAUGUGCAGUCGCUGAGCGCGAUGUCUUCUGAAGAACCUGAUCGUGAUAGUGAACUCGAUACUGAGGGCGUCUCCGACGACGGACGCAGUGACGCAACGGCACCGAUUUCUGGUGAAAGUCCAGCGUCGCUUCCCCCGACAGCACCACUGUUUCGGGGCCGCGUCUUGGCGCGCACAGACCUCCGGCAGGACGCGGAGUCUCCGGUACACACCGUCUGGGCGCUGCUGACGCACUGGGUGCUUCAACCGAUGUUGGUUGGUGCGUCGGCGGCCUUCGGCUUGAGCGUCGGCUACGCCGCUUUCGACUGCGUAUCACGACUUUCCCCUGGGAGCUGGUUCGGAAGGCCGGCUCGUCCGUUUUGGACACGCGCGGCAGUUUCCGGAUCUAAAAGCACCUCUUGA